AUCACAAAUGGCUUUCGCUUUUCUUUCAAGUAGUGAUCUCUUCCCAACGCUUCACGGGAUUUGUAGUUUUUUGUCCGUGUUGUCUUCUCGAGCGUGCGAUGGCGGCGGCGGCUGGAAGCCAAUGUUUUCUACAAGGUGCCUUUGGCUUUUAAGGCGCUCUCUCAGAGAAGUGCAACACAAUAGAGUAGGGAUUCCAACUCAAGUGAUACAGCAUAUCCAUAAUUUCCCCAUGAAAUAUAUCCUGGUAACUGGUGGUGUCAUUUCGGGUAUUGGCAAAGGAAUUAUUGCAAGCAGCAUAGGUACCAUCCUGAAAUCAUGUGGCCUCCGAGUAACUGCAAUCAAAAUAGACCCCUACAUUAACAUCGAUGCUGGAACGUUCUCACCAUAUGAACAUGGUGAAGUUUUUGUACUAAACGAUGGUGGAGAAGUUGAUCUAGACUUGGGAAACUAUGAAAGAUUCUUAGAUAUUAGCCUUUACAAGGACAAUAACAUCACUACUGGAAAGAUCUACCAACAUGUCAUCAAUAAAGAAAGGCACGGAGAUUACUUAGGAAAAACUGUUCAAGUUGUACCUCAUAUUACUGAUGCUGUUCAAGAAUGGGUAAUGAAUCAGGCAAAAGUUCCUGUGGAUGAUGAUAAGAAAGAACCACAGAUAUGUGUAAUUGAAUUGGGUGGAACUAUUGGAGAUAUUGAGGGAAUGCCCUUUGUAGAAGCUUUUCGACAGUUUCAAUUUAAGGCCAAAAGAGAGAACUUUUGCAAUAUUCAUGUCAGCUUAGUACCACAGCCUAAUGCUACUGGUGAACAGAAAACAAAGCCUACUCAAAACAGUGUCCGUGCUUUAAGGGGACUUGGUCUUUCUCCUGAUUUGAUAGUCUGUAGAAGUACUAAACCUAUAGAAAUGGCUGUAAAAGAAAAGAUUUCAAUGUUUUGUCAUGUAGAACCUGAACAGGUAAUAUUCAUCCAUGACGUUUCUUCUACUUACCGAGUGCCAAUCCUUUUGGAAGAACAAGGCAUAAUUAAAUACUUUAAAGAGAGACUAAGCCUACCAAUUGAUGACCAACCAAGUCACCUUCUUUUCAAAUGGAAAAAAAUUGCAGAUAGGUAUGAGAAGAUGCUAAAGAGCUGUUCUGUUGCUCUAGUUGGGAAGUAUACAAAACUGAGUGAUUGCUACACCUCUGUUUUCAAGGCAUUAGAGCAUUCAGCUAUAGCAAUUAAUCACAAACUUGAUCUAAUGUAUAUAGAUUCAACAGACCUUGAACCUGCUAUGGAGGCUGAGAAUCCGGUGAGAUUCCAUCAGGCCUGGCAGAAGCUAUGUAAAGCAGAUUGCAUAUUAGUACCUGGAGGUUUCGGCCAUAGGGGAACUGAAGGAAAACUUCAAGCCAUUUCAUGGGCAAGAAAGAAGAAAAAGCCUUUUCUUGGAAUUUGUCUGGGAAUGCAGCUGGCAGUAGUGGAAUUUGCAAGGAACUCUCUAAACUGGCAAGAUGCAAAUUCAACAGAAUUUGACCCCAAUACAAAGAAUCCUGUUGUCAUUGAUAUGCCUGAACAUAAUCCUGGUGACAUGGGAGGAACAAUGAGACUAGGGAAAAGAAAAACUAUCUUUAAGACAGAAGACUCUUUGUUAAGGAAUCUUUAUGGCAAUGAAGCUUUUGUGGAAGAACGAACAUAGGAAUCGCUAGAGGUAAAUCCUGAAUUGAUUCACUUCUUUGAAGAUAAAGGCUUGAAGUUUGUUGGGCAUGACACAGAAGGAAAGAGAAUGGAGGUCAUUGAACUGGAUGAUCACCCGUAUUUCAUUGGUGUUCAGUUCCAUCCUGAGUUCUCUUCCAGACCUAUGAAGCCUUCACCUGCCUACCUUGGCCUAUUACUUGCUGCAACAGGAUCACUCAGCACAUACUUGCAACACGGAUGUAAAUUGUCUCCUAGUGACAGUUAUAGUGACCUGAGUGAAGAGGAUUUUCCAGAAAAAGAAACAAGCUUAACAUGUUCAGGACUGCAAGAAAAGCACAAAGAACACAGGUAA